ACAGUUAUCUUCCACUCCAAGCAUGAUUCAGGAACAACAACAUCGACCCCAGCAGGGUGAUGACCAGCUGGAACCAAUCAAGUAUGGAGACGUCUUCAACGUCUCCGGUGAGUUGGCGUCCAAGCCUAUAACGCCACGCGAUGCAGCCACCUUAGUCCUCGGAGAAACUCAGAAAGGCAGCCCGGCCGCAGUCAUGCAGUCGGCGGCUACAUACAAUGAGCGAGCCGGUCUAGUCGGCCAUCAUGACGCCACCGUUGCUGAUACGGAGGAAGGUGUUACCUUCUUGUUGUGGGAAGAUGUGUGGAGCCACCACCUUGAGCACGAUGCGAUCACAAUUGGCGAGGCACUCGAGGCAACUGCUCUCUCUGCCGGUGAUAAGCCGAUCGACCAAAGCGAUGCAGCUGCGAUUCAAGCCGCAGAUCGAGAUGAGAGCCGCUGGAGUGAGAUAGCUCUCGGAGCUACAGCUCAGUAUGCAGUGUCUGUUAACGCAAGGGAGGCUGAGAAGACCAAGCUGGCAGAUGAUUUAGAGGAUGCCACUCAAAAAAUGGGUGGAGACAAAGCAGUGACUUGUGAGGAUGCGAAAGCGGUUAUAGGAGCAGUGAUAAGGAACAACCCUAAUAUGAGCACUACGCCGGGUGGAAUUGCUGAAUCGGUAGCUGCUGCCCUUAGGCUUAAUCAGAACAUCUAUUGA